AUGGAGUUGCGAUACAUAGGGAUGGUCCUGCAAAGAAUGAAUGCUAUUGAAGUCAAGGAUCAACAGCAACUACGUCCAGCACUGCGUAAUUUCAGUACUCCUAGUCCCUUUAGAGGAAGUUCACCUUUGCGGACAGCUAUCCAGCCAUCGCCCCCACCACAGCAGCCGCUUCACUCACAAGGACUCUUCGGCAAUAGAAAAGGCAUUCCUAUACCAGAACCAACGCAGCAAAAUGGAGAUUAUCCUAGCUGGUCACAGAGAAAUGAAGAAGAACCGGAAUCUGUCAAUUUUAAUGCUUUUCGUCCAAAUCCACCACCACCACCUCCACCGCCUCCACCACAUCCUAAUCGUAUGUCCCAUUCGCCAACAUCGCCUAUUCGAAACCGUCCACAAAAUGGACCUAAACUCGGUCCAAAACCCACUAUUCAUUGGCCUCCACGUAUUCGACCAGGCGGCUUGGAUAAACCUACAAGUCGUCCGUUAAGAGAGUUUGGCAAAAAUAGGCAGAAUGUUGAAACGAGCGAGAGAGAAGUUAAUGGCGGAGUUUCGCAAGCCGAAGGCUCUUACGAGGUCAUUUGGGACUACUUCAGUGAGAAUGGAGGAGAGACGGAGGAGGAGCGGCUACGAGAGAUUGGAGAAUCCGAAGAAGAAGAAGACCAAUGGGGCGGAAGGGAUCAGUUUUAUGGACAAGGAAGCUAUGAGCCAAGUACUCCACGACGCAGGAAUACACCACCUGAUUUUAUUGUGCGAAAGAAUGAACUGGGUGGGCCUAAUUCUGCGCCUUAUUAUAACCUAGACGCUAAUAUGUUACCGAAGGUUGCUACCAACUUGAAUAGAAACCCACAAAUUUGA